AUGUUUGUCUAUAUGUACAUUUGGGUCUACACAAAGCGGAUCCGCAAGGUUGCUACCUGUAUCCAGAUGGACACCCAUCUUGUGCAGCAGAGUAUCUCUGAGAAGGUCACUGGCUCCUGUGCUUUCUUCCAUCCUGCCGUGUAUCAGCAUCACUGGUGCCGGCAUGAACAAGUUCAUUUCUGCCUACAUGCAGCUCUUGCUCAGGUUAUCUCCACUGUUCGUACUGCACAUGCUUUCGGUUCCCAGAAGGUUCUUGGAGACUUGUAA